AUGGCGCCUUGGGCCCCCUGGACCCGGGUUUGGGGUUGUCGUAUUUUUUUCGGAAAAGUGUGCCAAAGUGAAAGGUCGCCCCCAACCUUGUUGCUUAAUGUCAAAACUUUUUCCUUCGAGCGACCUCGUCUCUCUCUCUCUCUCUCUCUCUCUCUCUCUCUCUCUCUCUCUCUCUCUCUCUCUCUCUCUCUCUCUCUCUCUCUCUCUGUCUCUCUGUCUCUCUGUGUGUCUCUCUCUCUGUGUCUCAGGAUGUGGCUGGUGCCAUGUUUGGGUUGCCACCCCCUGAUCCAUCGCAAGAGCAAGCUUACCAAGCUCAGUUCUCAACCGUGUUGGCUCAACCAGGUUCCAACACAGAACAACGUGCUCUCCCGCUGGUCCCGCAAGGUGGCUGGUGCCAUGUUUGGGUUGCCACCCCCUGAUCCAUCGCAAGAGCAAGCUUACCAAGCUCAGUUCUCAACCGUGUUGGCUCAACCAGGUUCCAACACAGAACAACGUGCUCUCCCGCUGGUCCCGCAAGGUUUAGCCUUCGGGAACGGCAGUCUGGGAGCGUUGUCGCCUGUCGUGUCGAGUUGUUCGGAUGGCGCCUCGAGCGUUGGCGUGUCGGACGGUGCUUUCCAGGUGGCUGGUGCCAUGUUUGGGUUGCCACCCCCUGAUCCAUCGCAAGAGCAAGCUUACCAAGCUCAGUUCUCAACCGUGUUGGCUCAACCAGGUUCCAACACAGAACAACGUGCUCUCCCGCUGGUCCCGCAAGGUUUAGCCUUCGGGAACGGCAGUCUGGGAGCGUUGUCGCCUGUCGUGUCGAGUUGUUCGGAUGGCGCCUCGAGCGUUGGCGUGUCGGACGGUGCUUUCCAGGUGGCUGGUGCCAUGUUUGGGUUGCCACCCCCUGAUCCAUCGCAAGAGCAAGCUUACCAAGCUCAGUUCUCAACCGUGUUGGCUCAACCAGGUUCCAACACAGAACAACGUGCUCUCCCGCUGGUCCCGCAAGGUUUAGCCUUCGGGAACGGCAGUCUGGGAGCGUUGUCGCCUGUCGUGUCGAGUUGUUCGGAUGGCGCCUCGAGCGUUGGCGUGUCGGACGGUGCUUUCCAGGUGGCUGGUGCCAUGUUUGGGUUGCCACCCCCUGUUUCUCCAUCGCAAGAGCAAGCUUACCAAGCUCAGUUCUCAACCGUGUUGGCUCAACCAGGUUCCAACACAGAACAACGUGCUCUCCCGCUGGUCCCGCAAGGUUUAGCCUUCGGGAACGGCAGUCUGGGAGCGUUGUCGCCUGUCGUGUCGAGUUGUUCGGAUGGCGCCUCGAGCGUUGGCGUGUCGGACGGUGCUUUCCAGGUGGCUGGUGCCAUGUUUGGGUUGCCACCCCCUGAUCCAUCGCAAGAGCAAGCUUACCAAGCUCAGUUCUCAACCGUGUUGGCUCAACCAGGUUCCAACACAGAACAACGUGCUCUCCCGCUGGUCCCGCAAGGUUUAGCCUUCGGGAACGGCAGUCUGGGAGCGUUGUCGCCUGUCGUGUCGAGUUGUUCGGAUGGCGCCUCGAGCGUUGGCGUGUCGGACGGUGCUUUCCAGGUGGCUGGUGCCAUGUUUGGGUUGCCACCCCCUGAUCCAUCGCAAGAGCAAGCUUACCAAGCUCAGUUCUCAACCGUGUUGGCUCAACCAGGUUCCAACACAGAACAACGUGCUCUCCCGCUGGUCCCGCAAGGUUUAGCCUUCGGGAACGGCAGUCUGGGAGCGUUGUCGCCUGUCGUGUCGAGUUGUUCGGAUGGCGCCUCGAGCGUUGGCGUGUCGGACGGUGCUUUCCAGGUGGCUGGUGCCAUGUUUGGGUUGCCACCCCCUGAUCCAUCGCAAGAGCAAGCUUACCAAGCUCAGUUCUCAACCGUGUUGGCUCAACCAGGUUCCAACACAGAACAACGUGCUCUCCCGCUGGUCCCGCAAGGUUUAGCCUUCGGGAACGGCAGUCUGGGAGCGUGGCUGGUGCCAUGUCUGGGCCGCCACCCCGUGUUUCAUCGCAUCAGCAAGCCUACCAGCUCAGUUCUCAACCGAUGUCGGCUCAACCAGAGAAGCACAGCCUCGUCUUUUCCCGACAUUGGCGCCGAUGGUGUUGUGGCUUUUUUUGCUGACCGCAAGCGUAGCCUAGCCAACCCACCUGCUUCAAGAGCCGCCCCCGAGGCAGAGCAGGUCAUCCUCUCUCACGAGACCAAGGCAUGCAUGAGCCUUUUUCUGCUCUUGAUCGCCGUGACGGGCACCAACCCCAAUCAAGGCGGUUUACGCCUUGACUUGGAAGAGCUGGUCAAACCCUCUUCAGCAGCGCUUGCCGCUUUGGCCGCACGUUACAAUUUUCGAGUUGAAACGCUCGUCAAGGUUCUUGAUGUCCUGUACAAGGAUCAAAAGCGCCACCACCUCAAAGACGUCAUGCCGCUCAAGGAUUGGUUCACCUCGGUGGUCUUUGAGCAACUGGGACAUGCCACCACCGGCGCGGGUGCCGACGACACCGCAGCCCCCUCUGCGAAACGACCUAAAGCGAGCAACAACUGUCAAGCUUCAACAAGCCCCUCAUCUCCGAUCUUGGAACAGCUCGUGCAGGUUUGGCGUGCGCUGCGCGGGUACUUCCCAGCCUUAUCCGACCCUCUGAAGGAGCGUCGGGACAAACUGGGCAAGGGAGAUCAAAACCCGGAGGGCUUCAUGGGCAUCUUGAAGCACUCAACUUCGUUUCAUCAUGUUGUGCCGCGCCUCAUGGGCGGCCGGCGGGCCAACAAGCUUCGUCAACUCCUGGCCCAGCAGGCAAGCCCCUUUUGGACACGACCUAUCCCAUCCCCCAAACCUCUACAAACUUCUUCGCCACCUGCCCGACCCCUCGACCUUUUGAUGGCUGCCUUGAAUGCGUGCACGCCACACGACCUUUCAGCGAACGAACGUUGA